AUGGAAGCUCCUGUCGAUGCGACGGACGGGCAGAGGACGAGAGAAGAGCAGGCGAUGGACGGGCGGCGGUCGAGGUUGCGGAAGAGAUGCUGCCGCGAAGAUGUUGGCCGGCGGUUGUUGGUCUUUUAUAUCCAAGCAGUCAACGAUACACCAAACAUCUACAUCUACAUCUACAUCGACAGCAACAUCGCCAGCAUCGAGAGCAAUACCCACAGUCCAGAGACCCAUCGAUGUGCAUUGCCUGCGCGUCCGAGCAAGCCGGCCGAUCAGCAGGAGGCAGGCGGAAGACUGGAAGACCGAAAUCUCUGCUGCGAUUCUGAUUCUCCCCCGUACUCGCUGCAGCCUGUUCAAUGCCUCAUGGAGCCCGCAGACGGACGAAGCGACGAGAGCGACCGCUACGAGCAGGCGGACCCGCAGAACCAUGAGCAGAAGAAGAAGAAGAAGAAGAAGAAGAAGAAGAGCUGUGAACCGUUCCCGGCGCUGCCAGAGCUGCCUGUGCCCCCCGAGAGCCUCGAGAUGGCGACUCUAAACACCCCAAACACGCUGGAAUCGCCAGCAUCGCCGGCUUCACGAUCGAGCUCGCCCAUCUCGGUGGCCUCGGGCGAGCUGGGCAUCGUCGCCUCGCGCCGCCCGACCACCGAGAGCGUCCUGACGACGGCCAGCAGGCAGCCCAGCGGGCCCUUUGCCGGCCUGCAGCGCUUCUGGUGGGCGCACAUCUCCAUCCGCGUCCCCAGAAAGCAGAACCGCGACCACUUCGCCCUCGAGAGAACGUACCUGGCGUACAUGCGCACCUCGCUGACGUUUGCCAUGGUCGGCGUCCUCAUCGCGCAGCUCUUCUCGCUCAACCACGCCGUCGUCCACAACGCCGACUUUGGCUUCCACCGCGUCGGCAAGCCGCUCGCCUGCGUCUGCCACCUCCUGGCCGUCCUCGUCGCCCUCGCCGGGGCCUAUCGCUUCUGGCGCCAGCAGCAUGCCCUCGCCCGCGGCAGGGUCCACGCCGGCGGCCGCGAGCUCAACUUCAUCGGCCUCACCGUCGAGCACCCAAAGCUCAUCUGCAUCGUCGGCGCCCUCGGCCUGCUCUCCAACAUCCUCGGCCUCCUCCUCUUCCACGACCACUCGCACGGCGGACACGGUCACGGCCAUGGCGCCGAAGAGCCCAUCGAGUCCGCCGAGCUGGGCUACUCCCGCGAGAUCGCGGCGCCGCCCUCCUCCUCCUCCCCCCUCACGCCCACCACCCUGACCAACAGCAUCGUCAUCCCCAGCUCGCCCACCGCGCGCCAGCACUCGCGCCACCAUCCUUCCAUCAGCCGGGUCAGCCGCGAGAGCAGACGAUACAGCGGGUUCAGAGACGCAGAGGACAUCAGCGGCCACCCGGCGAGCCUGCGCCAGGACAUCAUCCAGGCCAGCCGCUUCGAAGACGAGCCCUCGCCAGACUCAGAGUCCGACAGGGAAGACCUCCGCCAGUCCGAGGAGUCCCGGCUGCUACCCAACGCCCCAAAAGUCACCACCACGCCCUACGCUGCCACUUCUGUCCAGCCCCGUAAGACUCCUGACAUCCACGACCAGCACAACCACGCAAAGGUCAAGGACACCGCCGACCUCGCCCACGAGCACGCCCAUGGCCAGGCUCAGCAGGGACACGGCGGCCACGGCCACGGCCACGACCUGAACAUGCGCGGUGUCUUUCUUCAUGUCCUCGGUGACGCCCUCGGCAACAUCGGCGUCAUCGUCUCGGCCCUCUUCAUCUGGCUCACAGACUACACCUGGCGCUACUACGCAGACCCGGCCAUCUCCCUGCUCAUCACCGUCAUCAUCCUCUUCUCCGCCAUCCCGCUCUGCAAGGCCGCCUCCAGGAUCCUCCUCCAGGCCGUGCCCGCCGGCCUCAGCAUCGACCACAUCAUCGAGGACAUCGAGCAGCUUCCCGGUAUCAUCAGCUGCCACCACUUCCACGUCUGGCAGCUAAGCGACACCAAGCUCGUCGCCUCGCUCCACAUCCAGGUCAGCUUCGACAUCAAGGGUGAAGGCUCCGACAGGUACAUGGCCCUUGCAAGGCACGUUAGAAAGUGCCUCCACGCGUAUGGAAUCCACUCGUCCACCGUCCAGCCAGAGUUCUACCCGGGGAGCGAGGAGAACUCCCUGCGCCCAGGCAGCUCCCAGCUCACCUCCGUCGCCAGCGAGUCCUGUCUACUCGAAUGUGGUGAAGACUGUUACCCGGGCCGCCAGUGCUGCCCAUCAGUAUAAAUACCGCUCUCUCUCUCUCUCUCUCUCUUUUCUCUUUCUUUCUCUCUCUGAUACAUCUCUACGUUCUCUCUUGUCUUUCCUUUGCUACUCUCAUUUCUUAUUUCCUUCUAGUCUUAUU